AAGCAAGAUGGUUGCCGAAAAGUUCUCCUUGUGUUGUGUGGGAUCUCACAAUGUUCUCCUGUUUAUAUCAAGCUUAUGAACCAAAGUAAUUCUUUACAACUAGAAAUGAACUCAUGUAAGCCUGUCAAAAGUGCUUUUCAGUGCACAAAAUCGACGACCACUGUGAAUUUGUGCUCAUUUAAUCCAGCCACGUCACCAAGACAUCUCUCACUUCUGUGAGUUGCCAAUUUUGAUCUCGCGAUCUUUACAGCUAAUCGUGCUCAUGGCGAACAAAGUCUUCGGUUUUCAGCAGUUGAGAAGAGUGUUAAAGACUCUUGGAUACAUCUUGUUCAUGUACAUUUUCUCCAUCAGUUUGACAUUUUACAACAGAUGGCUUUUAAAGGUUUGUGGUCAAUUUAUUUAAGAUGAAAAUUAUGGAAACUUAGGGCGCUUUCCAUUUGUCAGAACUGACAGGCCAGGACAUUCCCUUCGUAAUGAGAAUUUUACCUUUAAUCAAAGCUAUCCAGCCAGAUCAGUCAAAUCCCAAAUAGUAUGCACGAAGGAAAUCGUUUUUCAUCAAAAACUCAUGGAAAAAGCCUACUUCAUUUUCAAAAUGACCGGUGCGGCCAUGGUCCAGCCGGCCAGUUCUGACUUUUGGAAAGCGCCCUUACAGUACCAAGAAGCAAAGUUGAUAUAUUGUGGCUCAAACUUUCCCUUACUUCAAAUUUUAUUUUUCAUUGUUUUAAAUUCGAUAUCACUGUGACACAUAACUGUGUGCCCAAAAUCGAAGGAAAAUUUAUUAAAUAGGAACAAAAGAUUAAAAUUAUACAGUGGAACCUCUAUUCAGGGAACACCCUCGGGACCAAGGCAAGUGUCCAUUGAAUAGAGGUUCCCCCCUGAUUAGAGGUUGGCCUGGGGUUUGUUAAUAACUAACCAACAAAUGAAACAUUUUUCUUUUAUUCUGACUCAGAAUCUGCUGCAGUCAUUAUAUUUCAAGCAGCUAGAUAAAUGUAUUACAGUGCGACUAUUAUGAAAAAGGUUGCACCAAGACAAAGUUGACAAGUCAGAUUACAGGAAGAUAACAAUACAUAAUUUCUGAGAAAGUUAUUUUUCAAACAAUUACCAUGAAACGAAAUAAACAACAUGGAUUGCAAUCAACCUAAAUUACAUUACCUACAGAUGCCACCCACCUUUUGAACGUGCUGAAGUAAGCCCAUGUUUCGUGAGAGGACCAUUAGAGUGAAUGACAGAGAUAACAACAGGAAAACGUCAGUUACAUUUUUGACUUGAGGUUGUGAUUUUAUUGCAAAGCACAGCAAUGGUAGCAAAGAAAUUGUGAUGACAAAAUAGCAGCUUAGCUAAAACAGAAAAUAAUUAUCUCCUGGGUGUUAUAAUGUAAAUUUUCGAAUAGCAAAACAUUGUCUGGUGAAACAUUUUGCUUUCUUGAAAAACAUUGGCCAUCAAUAUUUAAAUUUUGUGCUCCAAGUAGCUUACUAUUUUUUUAAGAGCUGCUGAUUGGCCCUCGAUGAACUUUCUUGGAAUGUAUUGUUAUUUUCCUUUAAUCCGAUUGGUCAACUUUGUCUAAGUGGUCCUGGUUACAAUCCAUAAUUAACUUAUCUCUGCGAUAUUGUGUGUUAAAUGUAGUACAAUUUGAUUCAAGUGAGAUACAGUGGAACCUCGAUAUAAUGAACCUCUAUCUAUUAUAACAAAGUCCUCCAACUCUCACCAAAAUCAAGAUAAAAAAAAUCGUUCAAUAUAAAGUAAAGACAGGAGCCAAGUACUCAGGUAAUCAACUCCUGUUGUGGAAGUUAGAGGUCACAGGACUUAAAAUUAACGAGAGACAGACUUAGCUAAAGGUUGUUCUAGUUGACUGUUGCAGUGUUUACAAUGUUUACUGGAAGUAAAGUCAAUGUUAUUUUGAAGCCAAAAUUUAAGUAACCAAAAUAAGCAUUCCGCUUUGAAUUAGCACCCGCAUCUUGAAUUGGAAAAUUAUACCCUGGGCCCUGAUAACUGUAAAGUCACUUUAGCUGUGAUAAUCAUUAUUUUAUGAAGAAGUGAAAAAGAUCAACACAAAGUCAUAUUUUACUCCAUUAAUCAAGAUCACUGUCCUGUACAUGUAUUUAAAGUCUGAAGCAACAAUCCUUUGCUAUAUUUUUCUAAAUGCAGUUAUUUCUGUUUGAUCCCUGCUGUAGAGAUUUCAUUUUCCUUUGAGUGUCACGGUGGUGCAUUAUGCUCUGGUCUUUAUUAUUGCUGCCUUAUUGAGAUUGUUAUGGGAGGUAAAAACUGGGAAACAAAGAGUAGUUCUUCCCUGGUCUGUUUACAUGAAAAGAGUUCUUCCCACAGGUGAGAUACUUAAAAUUAGUAACUUUUAAGCCCCAAUUUCCACAUACAUUUAUUAAGUCUGAGCUGAUCUCCACACAUUUCCCUAAAGAAAUUAGUUGUGAGAAUUUGUUAAUGGAUCAAAGCAUUUUCUAGUGGUCGAUCAUUUAUUCAAUCUCAUGACCUGUUUCUUGAUUAUGUAUUGAAAUUGUUGGGAGUAAUUGAUGUUGAUAAUUCCUAGGACUUUAUGGUUAAGUUUAUUAAAUUGUUAAAUGAUUGUGUAAAUUGAGGGGUGGUACUAGUGAAAGGCUCAACCAAGCCUGACAUGAUGGGGCGGGGUACAGGAGAUUAUCUCAAUCAAAUCUGAUAGAGGUAACUAAAGCCAGGCUCACAAUCAAUUCUGAUGGGGGUGGGAACAGAAGAACAUCAACUAAGUUGAAUCUUAUAGGGGUGACUGAAGCCAGGCUCAUGAACAACUCUGAUGGGGGUGGGAACAGAAGAAUAUCAACUUACUAGUCAAGUUUUAUAGGGGUGACUAAAGCCAGGCUCAGAGUUAAUUCUGAUGGAGGUGAUGCUUUCUGAGAUUGUGAUAUUUUACAGUGCUGAUUAAUGCAAAAUGAAUGUGACUUAUCUUUCAGCAAUGGCCUGUGCGUUGGAUAUUGGCUGCUCAAACUGGAGUCUGAUGUUUAUAACAGUAUCAUUGUAAGUAUCAAAUUUGUUCUAUGGUCAACUCUUGCCUUGUAAUUGUGGAUGAAUGCCAACCUUGACCCCCCCGUAGGUUUUUUCUUGUUAAAGUAUGUGAAACCUAUAGUAAUAAUUAUAUGUUUUCAUGAUAGUGGGUCAAAAGUUUAUUGAACAUUGUACUUAUUCUAAUUGGCUUUUGAAGAACUGAGGCUUGUAUCCAGGGUUUACAAAAGAAUGCAUUAAUACUUUAAACUGCUGAGCUCCUCCUGGAACUAUCAGGGCUUAAAAAAAAUUCCUGUCCUGUAGUCCGGGAUAGGUAGAUUUUCGUGCUGGGCUAGUACAUUGCAACUAUUAAAGCAGAAUUCACUAACAAAAUCAUUAACCAAGGCAAGCAAGAUUUGGCCCUGGGCAACAGAAAGUAAGAGUAAUGUUGCUUGCCUAAAGGACAAGCUAGAAUGCACUAAUUUUUUUUAGCCGUGUAUGUGUUACACGUCAGAAUGAAAUUCAGGUUGAAAUCUUUUGACGUACAUGCACAGUGUACAUGUAGGUUGAUUCUCAAUUGCUGUUGUCUUCUAGGCCUAAUUAUUCAUGAAUUAGGGCUACAGUGUAAGAGAGAAAGGAAAUAGAGAAUCAACCUUGGUUAAAAAUGUUAUCUGAAUUUAAGUUUCACCUGUAACAUAAUUAUGUUCCCCUCCUGCUUGUAUUGAAAUUGAUUGUAUUAUUUUGUUAUGAUGUUUUGAAGCUUUAUUAACCCUUCAAGUCCCAAUAUCAACAGACAAAUUCUCCAAACUGAUCUCCAUACAUUUUCUUUAAGAAUUAGUUGAAAGAAUUUAAUAAAAGAUCAAGUCAUUUUCUCUUUGGUGAUCAUUUGUUAAUUCUCCUAACCUUUUCUCUUGCCAAUGUAUGGAAAUUGUUAGGAGAAAAUUGUUUAAUAACAAGUACGAGUAAAAGUAAAAAUAAUGUAUUUUGAUCAGCCCUGCAAUGGUUUGUUUCGAAGCACUUUAUUCUAUUCCGAGCUUAAAAUCACAGUUAUAAAACCUAAUGUUUUCUACUAUUGUUUUGUGCUUAAUUAUUUGUUUGAGUAUUAUUACGCAAUGAAUUAUUUAUUUUGUAGUAAAUGAUUAUAAAAUUUCACAGUCAAAAUAAUUUUUUUGCACCACUGUGCUCUUUAAGGAGUCACAGGGUUCUCAGAGUGACUCCAUCAGUGCUAAACUCUGUUCAACUUGUAACAUAUUUUGUUAUGUUAUUUUUCUUUUUAACGAAUUAUUAAAUCGAUAAUAAAUUAAUAAUAAAUUAUUCUAUUGUAUUUAUAGAACAUUCGUACUGUAAUUUUUUUUUACGUGAUAAUGAUGUCCGAGAUGUCAUAAUACUUUUUUAACUCUUUUAAAAUUUCUGAAAAUGUUUUUUAAAAGUUUUUAUGCAAUUCGUUAAUAUUGUUUUGGUAAUGAAUACUGUAAGUCAUUUUUUCAUUUACUUGAAGGAACAGUCUUUAUACAGUACAUGUUAUCAUCUUCAGCACCUUAUACUUUAGAGCCCUAGAUACUGUAACUUCAUUCUAGUUCAUAGCAUCAUUAAGUAAUCAUAUUGUUGCUCACUUCCAUAUCAGUGUUUAUAAAGGUUUUGAGAUUUAUAAGUGAACAUUUUGCACGUUUACUUUUUGACUGCUUGCAUUGUACUUGUUAUCUGAAUAAUAUUAUUAUUGUUCAGAUGUACCCCUGCAAACAAUAUUAUUAUGCUUAGACAUUGUUGAUUUCAUGUUAAUUUCAUGUUGUUGUCAGUAACAGUAUUAUUAUCAUUACUAUUAUUAUUGUUAUUAUAACCUGUAACUCAUAUUGUGUUGUAGGUAUACAAUGACAAAAUCCACUAGCGUUAUUUUCAUUCUGAUGUUUGCACUUUUGUUUGGUUUGGAGCAAUGGGUAGGUUCAAAUAGAAGUUACUGAAUUAUGAGUAAAAAACUAAUAGUACUGUUCAAAGUCAAGUUAUGACAGUGUCUUGGUCUUUAAGUAUUCAUCAGUUUGUUCAAGAGAGGAUUAUAUACUUUGUAAUAACUAGCACCCAACAUUAUUUUUUUUCUCAAAACUCGUACUUUUUACGUGAUAAACAACCACCCACCAUUCCCCCCUGCAACAAAAACAAAUCAACCCAUCCCUCAACUUAGAUGGAUGUGGCACAGGACCUUAUAGGAAGUCUUUUAUAGCAUAUUUAUUAUGAGGUAAAGAGAACACCAUAAGUUGCUUCCAGACUGUAAUGACCUCAGAAACCAUACUAUGAAUAAAAAACAGUUGGUCUUUGGGAAAAGUGGGCUAAGUUCCCAAAUAAAGCAUAGAUAAGUUCAACUUGAUUCAUACUGUAUUCAGCAGACUCCUGGAGAAGGCAAGAGAGCUGGUGUAAUUAUAAACUUAAGGUGGUGUGCAACAGUGCAACCUCAAUUAAGCAAUGUCUUUGAAAGUCCCCAGAAUAAAAAAAAAACUUAAUUCAUGUUAUGUCACUAAUAGAAAAAAAAAAACAGAAAGGAACCGUGAUAAUUUUUGAAGCCUUGUUAUUUUUGGUUUACAACCAUGUGACAAGCCGGCCAUGUUGGUGGUCAAUACAAUAUAACUUUUUCUCAAAGAAUUUUUCUUCUUUCUGAAAAGUUAGAUUCUUUGUGAUAGUUUAUUGUUUUGUGAUGUUUCUGUGGUAGCAGGAUGCAUUACAAUGCAUUUGAGAGAAAACUAAUCCAAUUUAAUGAAGUUGAAUUUCACUGUAACUUCCUGUCAAUUGUGACUAAAAGCUUUAUUUCCUCAGUGGUUUGAGUUACUGGGAUUCAAAUUACGCCAGUUUUUUAUUAACGUUAUUAUUAUCAUUGAAUAUUCACAUUGUUUUAUGUUGCCAUCAUACUUGUCUUGGCAAGGUCACGAGUGAAUAAAACCAUAUUUUUUUUGUCUUGUUUCCUUUGACAGAACUUUUCUCUAGUAGCCAUCAUUCUGUUGAUAGCAAGUGGCUUGUUCCUCUUUACUUUCGAGUCCACAGACUUUAAUGCAGAGGGAUUCGUUUUAGUAAGUUUACAAUUUUCAGUCUAUACAUAGUUGGUUAAAGCCAGAAAAAAUCAAAGUUGAAAACAAUAGUGCUGUAGUUUAUGUUGGAAGCUCCUUGACCGUGCACAAUCCUUUGUUUUUUGUUCACAAAAUAAAUGAAUGCAAUGUUUCCGUUGGUCAGAAAGUUCAAAAUGAUAGGAAUGCUAUGGAACGUUGUCCACUGUCAGGUCCAAAAAAGCUAGCAAAAACUUAUAACGAAGGGUUCCCCAACCAUUCCACUUAAAUUAACUAUGGUCUACAUUAGAGAAAGUUUCUCCACUUUUAUAAUGAGUUAUUUCUGAAAUGUCUCACACUGACAUGUAAAAUUUGCCAGUGAAGCGAGGUACUUUACAGCUGAGGUUGUCAGUCCCUAGAGUGUCCAAAAUCCUUUUUUAUAUAUAUAUCAUUGUCAACACAGAAUAAAGAGAAAAAGUGAUGAGAUAUCAUUGUGCAAAGAAGGUAGUGUCUGAAAGCAAAGGGCUACGGGAUUUUGUUAUUGCUGCUCACUAUACCUUUUCUUAGCUUGCUCAGUUGGUAAGUGAAUAUUUUUGUGGGGGGCGGGGGUGGAGUUAAUUAAUCCUGCUCAUAAUACAGUUUCUGUUUUUGGGCUUGUUAAGAGUACAUCCUAGCUGCACGUUGCCCAAAUGGCAAGUUGUAAAACUGACGAAAUUCUUUGCAACUUUUCGUUUUUUCUUUGAAGUGGUCUCCAAAGGGGAAAUCUAUUGAUCUUUGAUCAAAUUUUCUGAUCUAAUUGUGUGGAAUGUGUGGAGAUCAGUCUGGAGAAUUUUUUAUCUGGAUGCUGGGGCUUUCAGGGCUAAGUCUAAUAAAGUUUAAAUCAUUGUAUUUUUUGUUUAAUUUUAAUUUUUCUCAAGGCUCUCACUGCAUCAGGACUGAGUGGUCUGAGGUGGACAUUAGCACAAAUUUUGACUCAAAAGCAAGAAUUAGGUAGGAGUUAGUUAAAAGUCAUGGCGAAAAAACAUAAAUUUUUCUUACACUUUUUACUGUAGCUUAUUUUGGCUUCAAAUAAUAUUUUUUUAGGUCUCCAUAAUCCCCUUGACACACUGUAUCAUUUGCAACCAUUCAUGACAUUAACAUUGAUGCCCUUGGCAUUUUACAUUGAAGGUAGGUUUUCUAUUUUUAACACAACUUGCCUGCAGCCACUUAACUUUUAAAGUUUGCAGUCAAUGAUACAGUAAUUUACUUAUGUUAAUUUAUGAGGUGUUAACUUAAUUGGCAAACCAAAAGUAUUUUUACUGACAUUAAAUCAAUUAUUUAAAUUACAAAAAUAUUAAAAGUUAAAUCUACAUUUUGAUUGGUCAGUACACAUUAUUUACUAUUUGCUCAUUGGCAAAUGCUUACAAGAGCUGCAAUGUACAUGUAGUCUGCGCUUAAAGCAGUAUGCGUCAUUUUUUCACCACUUUAAAUUUUCUCUGGCUAAUAGUAUUAAAAUACAAAAGCUUUUGACACCUAAACUGCAGUUGUAUAUUAUAUUAUUUAGUACAUUGUGGUAAAGUGAUGGUGGUAGACACCAGUGUAAAUAUAUUUGCUUUUUGAAUUGAAUGCUCAAUCGCACCAGAACUGCUACUCAAGUUGACUGCCUUGUUGUUUUAGGACAACAUUUAGCUGUAUCACCAAAGCUCUUCAAUGCUCCUGAUGGCCACACCCUUUGGAUGACUAUCUCCAUGGUGAUGUUUGGCUGUUUUCUGGCCUUCAUGAUCAGUGUCUCCGAAUUUCUGCUGCUUUCUCAUACAUCAAGCUUAACACUCUCCAUAUCAGGAAUAUUUAAGGUAAGCUCCAAUAGCCAUUGUUUAAGUAUGUUUUAUGCCCAUUCUCUGGAAAGACAUAUCCCCUCACUAGGAGCUGUGUGGACCCCUAUAUGUCACACCUCUUUUAUUUUUCAUUCUGAACUUUGUUUGAUAUCUAUUGUUUUGCCAACUGAUCCCCUGUGGGCCUGGAGGGGGGGGGAGGGGUACUCUCUGUAAUGACCUAUAUAGGGAGGCUCUGCCUGAAAGGGGUACCUUUUUCAGGCUUCAGGUACAUGAAAGGGUAGAGAUUUUACUUGUUGAAGUAUAUAAUAGGGUAGGGGAAUCUGUCAUUUGGGUCUUUUUAAGGGUCCAAAAGGGCUGACAGAUGAAUUUAAUGGCUUUUAAAAGUCGGGGAACGUUCUAUUUUAGUGAUUGAUCGAUGAUUUACAGCAGUUGAAAGGAAUGCAAAGUUCUAAACAAGGUUUGUGAAAGAGGUACCAUUUGUCAAUAGAAGGUAUGCGAAAGAGACACCUUUUUCGUGAAAAAUGAUAUAUAAAAGCGUAAAGGGUUGGACCUCAGGGUGGAGACUCCCUGUAUAAACAUUUGUUGCAUACCCCUCACCUCCCCAGGCAGCUGGGUGUUGACUCACUUUUAGAGUAUGUUUUAUAGUAAGUAAAUGAAAGUUUUUCUCUACUAAUGAAACCCAGUCUUUAUUGAAUAGGAUACCCUUAAGGUCAAAACACAUUAGGCAACAUGUGGCUACCACACAUUGGGAUGACACGCCACAGCAACACAUCAGCAGUAGUAAAUUGCUUCGUGUUUACUGAAGAAGGUUUGGAGACAUCUUUGUCUCCUUGACCCAGUUUUGACUCUGAAACAAGUGGCACAAAAUGAAAUUAGUUUAAAUUUGUGCAGUUUGCCACGGUGAGUAAAUUCUGUCACGGAGACAAAUAUUUUCACAGAACUUCUACAGUGCACUUGACAUGAUUUGUCGCUGCGACCUGUCACUGGGACACGCUACUGUACAGAAGGAUGGGUUUAUUGCUGGGGUAACCUGUUGCCAACUGUGCUCCGACUUUUCUAUGAGAGGGAGAGAGGUACUUGAAACAGAACUUGUUAUUCAGGGUAGGCACUUGCUCCAUCCUUAGAGACAGAGAGUGAUGAGAGGCACCUGUGAGACACCUGUAUUCCCAGGCCAUUCGCGAAAGGCUCUCCUGUUAGGACUUACGUGUUUUCUACCUCUUACCUUACCUUCUUCAGGAAGUGUGCACAUUAUCUCUUGCCACUGAAUUUGCUGGAGAUAAGAUGACAACUGUCAAUUUUUUUGGUCUCGUGCUUUGCCUGAUGGGAAUAAGUGUGCAUGUAGUUACAAAGGCAACAAGAGGUGGGUGGCGAAAUUAUAGCGUUACUAAUCUCAUGUCAGGAAAUCUAAAUUCGUCGCGCUACAAAUGUCACUUUCUAAUUAAUAUUUAAUAACAAAUAAUCAAGUUAAGCAUGACAUAUUUCUUUCCCGAAAACUUGGCAACACUGAGUGAUCUGUCAAAAAUUUUUGUUAGCCUCCUGGGCUGCUGGUGGACCCUCUUCCCUCGCAUGUCUCCCUCGUGCACCCUUUCUUUUUUUUUUUUUUGGCCAUACUACAAUUCUCUCAAGCCGUGCUACGCAGGCUAUCCCCCUAUGGAAUUGAAAUUGCGCUCUCAACACUGAUUUUUUUCGUUUCAGACUCAGAUAGUUCAAAACUGAAUGGACAGCAGAUGGUAGAACUGAAAAGUGGUAGCACUGAAUUAAAGGAGCUGUUGUCAGGAAAUGAUGCUGCAGAAAAUGACGAUGUGGAUGAAGAAUUUGAAAUUAAUGUUUAUGGACAAAGAUAACAUUAUAGUAUCCAGCCCGUUUUGUGGGCUGACAAUGAAUUUGAAGUAUGGUUUCAUUGAAUAUGGGACAAAAUAAUCGUGUUCACGAGUAAUCAAAUUACGAAGACAAAAUGCUGCUUUUGCAGUUGUUAUGAUGUUUCUGCCAUCCAGGUUACCCAGGUUGUUAAACCUUAGACACAGGCAACCCAUCUCAGGUUGCUCGAUUUUUGUCUUUUCAGUUCCAACUCAAACGCCGAUUUUCGCCUCAAUAACGGCAAACAAACAGUUUUAAUUCUUACAGACUUUGACUACAGGGAUUAUUUACGAAACCACAUGGUCUUCACAUACUCCAAGAGAACAUGGCCCGUAUUAUUUUAUACUUGAGGACAAUUGCAAAGUGAUAGACUUUUUUAACUUGUAAGUUUUGUUUUCUUAAUUCAGGCCAUGUGGUAUUUUUUAGGGAUCUUGCCUUUUGUCCUUUCAUAAAUUAUGCGCACA